AUGGACCAACUACGCUCCCGGCGCAAAAUCCAAUUCCACGGGUUUUGCGACGCCUCUCAAAGCGCGUAUGGAGCCGCUCUUUACGCACGUGUGGAAACAGGUGGACAAGUGUCUGUGAGCCUUCUAGCAGCGAAGACUAGAGUUGCACCUAUCAAGACGGUCUCUCUACCUCGUCUUGAGCUGUGCGGAGCUCUCCUGUUGGCAGAAUUAUCCGCCGCCCUCCUACCACAUUUUCCCACCCCCGACGCUGAGACGUACCUGUGGACAGAUUCCACUAUCGUUCUGGCAUGGUUGGACAAGCAGCCAUGCAAGUGGACCACUUUCGUGGCGAACCGAGUGGCCAAGAUUCACUCGGUGAAUGGCACUUGGCAGCAUGUUCGUUCCGAACACAAUCCAGCCGACCUGGCAAGCCGCGGUGUCUCGCCGCAAGAGCUACUGGGCAGUCGCCUUUGGUGGCAGGGGCCCGAAUGGCUGACGCACUCACCAGCGCAGUGGCCUUCACCGGUCAUUGGGCUCGAUACUGAAUUGGAGUGUCGAGCGGUGAAGGUCCAUGCAGCGCAAGUCCUAUGUGAGGACUUCCUCGACCGUUUCUCCAGGUUCGAUCGAGCGCUCCGAGUGUUUGCGUAUGUGCGAAGGUUUGCCCAGCGUUGCCGCCAACCCAAGGUCUCGUUUCCAGAGACGCUCAGCUCUCAAGAGCUUGCAGAAGCUCAAGAGAGGCUGAUUGUACAGGCUCAGAAUCGGGUAUACGCGAAAGAGUGUGCUUCCCUCCGGUCCCAUAAUCGUCUAAUCGGGUCAAGCGAUAUCCUAAGCUUGAAUCCGUUCCUUGACAAGCAAGGUGUCCUGCGUUCGUGUGGACGCGUAAGAGCGUCCACCUCCUUAUCCUACGACGAACGGCAUCCAAUAAUUCUCCCGUUUGGCUGCGUGUUCUCACGCCUCCUGGUUUCCUUCACGCAUCAAGUCUCCCUCCAUGGAGGCAACCAAUUGGUGAUGCGGCUGGUCCGAACUAAGUUCUGGAUUCCCAAGCUAAGGAACUUGGUGAAGACAGUGAUUAGUGCAUGCAAGACCUGUGUGAUUCAUCGCCGCAAGCUCCAGUCGCAGUUGAUGGACUUCGCCGGUCCCUUCGACGUCAAGAGCUACGUCGGACGGGGCUGCAAGAUUACGAAGGGUUACGUAUGUGUCUUCGUGUGCUUCAGCACGAAGGCAAUCCAUCUUGAGGCGACCACGGAUCUGACAGCGGAAAAGUUCUUGGAAGCUUUCUCCCGAUUCGUGGCACGGCGCGGGUGCCCUCUCCACAUGUACUCUGACAACGGGAAAACGUUCGUCGGAGCCUCCUCCAUUCUCUCCAAAGAAUUUGUGGAGAGCACCCGCAACCUGAUUGUCACCACUCACAGCCAUCAAGGAUGUGAGCGACUUGGCGGCACUUACUCCCGGUCAUUUCCUGAUCGGGGUCCGCUACUCUCCAUGGCGGAGCCAGAGGCCAGAGAGGAUGUGGAGUCCAUCCACAACCGCUGGCAACGGCUCAAGGCGCUCCAUCAGCAUUUCUGUGUGCGAUGGAAGAGUGAAUAUUUGAAGGAAUUGCAUAAGCGGAAUAAGUGGCAGUCACCUUCACGCGAUCUCCAAAUCGGCGACAUGGUGGUCAUCAGAGAGGAGAAUAUACCACCUCAAGAAUGGCGCCUCGGGCGUGUGUUGACCGCUUGCCCAGGUGCUGAUGAAAGAGUCCGUGUGGUAGACAUCCAGACGUGUCGUGGCGUUUUCCGCCGACCAGUUGCAAAGCUGGUCCUCCUUCCUACGGGACGCGCGCUCUGA